CCUUUCCUUACUCCUCUUUUUGCCCUUCAGUCUCUCCCUUUUCUCCUCAAUCUAGUUGGAGCCCAAUGCCUCUCCCACCUGCCAUUUCUUCUCCGGAGUCUAGACUUUUCUCCUUUGCCUCAGUUGCCUGCGUCACCUAACUGGCCUUGGGCUUUUCUGCUGCUGGUGCAGUAAUUUCUCCAAACCUUCCCCAUCUUCCCAACUUCUGAAUGUGUAUGUAAGGGGUGCAGAAGUCCAUCCAGCACCUCAGGCUCAGAGCCCCCCCACCAGGGGGAGACUGCGAGGUCACGGGACACCCCACCACGGGCACUUCCUCUUGGGCAGACUGGGUGGGGUGGCCCGUGUAAUCAUCGGACACAAUUAUGCGCUAUUUAUACUCCAUCCCCGCCCCCCCACCUGCCUGGCUGCUUUAACCCUCAGCCUUCUCCGGGCCUGACCAGGCCUCCGGCUAUUUUCCUUGUCUUGCCCUCUCUUGAAGCCAUUGUCUCCUCACCUUUGUUCCUCUGGGCCAGUUUCUUUUCUUUUUUAGAUUUUUCUGCGCUCUGUGUUUUUAAGCCACAUAUGUGGUCUUUUGCUUUCUUCUUCCUCUCUGUUAUAUUCCAUAGCAUCUCUCCUGAUUCUCUCGCAUUGUUUCUUUUGCUCUGUGUGUCUCAGUCUUUCUGGCCUUUCUGUUUCUUUUUUUGCUUCUUUUUCUUUGUCUGCCAGCCACCCUGGUUCCCUAAACCUUUCCCCCAGGAACCCUGGGCCCACAGGGUUCCUUGGGGGAAAUCAAGUCAGUGGACUGGAAUCCAGAAUUCCUGGGCCCUACCCUGAACUCUGAUUCUGCGUUCUGUCUCCUGGACUUCCAUCUACUCCUUCUCCCUCCCCACCUUUCCCUUGGAGAGCCAGGAGAGCAAAAGGAGCAAGAAAGUGGGGAAUCAGGAAGAGAAAGUGAGGGUACUGUGUGGGGGAGCUGGGGGAGUGGGAAGGGAAGGACAGAGCUCCAUUCCUAGGAUGGGCAGGGCUGGGAGGGGGAGAGGGGUGUGUUGGGGAAUAACUUGUAAAACAACCCCAGCUGGCUGGGCCCCUCCAUGGGAGAGAUGCUGGUUCUACCACUUGGCUGCCCUGUCCUCUCUCUGCCAUGAGCUUACCUCAGGACCCAGGUUUCAGUUAAUAGCCUUUCUGGUUUCCCUCUCCCAACCUGGUUGAUUGUCCUUCUCUUCUUUCCCAUUUUGAUAAGAAGUCCUGCCUAAACUCAACUUCAGUUCUUCCUGCGGAGGAGGGAACUGAUGCAUGGCAAUGAGAAAGGUAACCAGGAGCUCCCUCCCAGGAAAUCAUGUCACUCAUGAGAACCACCCGUCAAAGGAUGACUUGAUGUGUGGUCAGGAAGGGUCUGGGGAGGGUAACUAGCAAGGAAUAAUGGAGCUUAGGGCAUACCUUUUGGGGGACACUAUCUAAAGGGGCUAGGUUUGAGCGUGGAUGAGUUAACCCAAUGACCUUCCACUCCCAUCCUCACUCCUUCCUGCCUUAAAUUUUCCCAGGAUCAGAAGAUCCAGGUUCUGCCCCAUUGAAUGAGGCAGGCCUAGGUGCCACUUCCUAGAAUGGGAGGAAGACUGGGGAACCCCCACGUCUGUGCUAAGCCCUCCCCUACUCUCCAUCCCUUCCUCCAGGCUUUACUCUGGAACUUACCUCAGUGACCCUAAAAGCCUGGGCAGCAGAAGUCUUCACCCCAGAGCAUGUUCUCACUUCUGUCUUUCAUAACACACAUGUACGCACACACACAUGCACAUACACGCUGCUCCCCUGAUCUCGAGGUGGGUGACUGGGGAAACAAGCGUCUCUGUGGUCAACUCGGGUGUGUAUGUGGUGCGUGUGCCUCCAGCCAUGUCACUGAGCUCAUUGUGUGUGAAUUUGUCUGUGUUCAUUCAUGACAGUGGCUGUGUCCGUGUGGGUAGCACUUUGUGUACGUGUGCAUGUAUCAUCCUGUGUUUGUCCAUGAGUGUGUAUGGCUGUGUGUUCCAGUCUCUCUGUGUGAGUGUCGUCCCCAAUCCCCCAUCCCCCCCCUGGAUCUCUAAUUAGUGGUUUGGGGUUUGUUCCUUUUCCCUCCUGUUCCUUCCCUCAGCGGCAGCAGCGGCAGCGGCAGCCUCAGCAGCAGCAGGAGCAGAAGCAGCAGCAGCAGCAGCAGCCGAGCAGCAGCCAGGACUCUGGAGUCAGUAGGAUUGUAGGAUCGGAGCCCAAGUGGGAACAGGAGUGGAGCUGGCCUGGGAGAGGAGCCGAGCCCUCCCAGGACCCUCAGGCCACCUCCUGCCUGCACCCCCACUGCCAGACCUCCAGAGAGGAGAGACCCAGGACACCCAGCCCCAGAUCCCCCAGGAGGAAGCUCACUAUGGCUCCAGUCCCCUGGCCAUGCUGACGGCGGCGUGCAGCAAAUUUGGUGGCUCCAGCCCUCUGCGGGACUCAGCAACACUGGGCAAGGCAGGCACAAAGAAGCCAUACUCUGUGGGCAGUGAUCUCUCAGCUCCAAAAACCAUGGGGGAUGCCUACCCAGCCCCCUUUUCAAGCACCAACGGGCUCCUCUCACCUGCAGGCAGUCCUCCAGCACCCACCUCCGGCUAUGCCAAUGACUACCCUCCCUUUUCUCACUCAUUUCCUGGGCCCACAGGCACCCAGGAUCCUGGGCUACUAGUGCCCAAGGGACACACUUCUUCUGAUUGCCUGCCUAGUGUCUACACCUCUCUGGACAUGGCACAUCCCUAUGGCUCCUGGUACAAGGCAGGCAUCCACGCAGGCAUCUCACCAGGCCCAGGCAAUGCUCCUACACCUUGGUGGGAUAUGCACCCUGGGGGCAACUGGCUAGGUGGUGGGCAGGGCCAGGGUGAUGGGCUGCAAGGGACAUUGCCCACAGGCCCUGCUCAGCCUCCAUUGAACCCCCAGCUACCCACCUACCCCGCCGACUUUGCCCCCCUUAAUCCAGCCCCCUACCCAGCUCCUCACCUUCUGCAACCAGGGCCUCAGCAUGUAUUACCCCAAGAUGUCUAUAAAUCCAAGGCAGUGGGCAAUACUGGGCAGCUAGAGGGGAGUGGUGGAGCCAAACCCCCUCGUGGCGCAGGCACAGGGGGCAGUGGUGGAUAUGGGGGCAGUGGAGCAGGGCGCUCCUCCUGUGACUGCCCUAACUGCCAGGAGAUAGAGCGCCUGGGGGCAGCAGCAGCUGGGCUGCGGAAGAAGCCCAUCCACAGCUGCCACAUACCGGGCUGUGGCAAGGUAUAUGGCAAGGCCUCACACUUGAAGGCCCACUUGCGCUGGCACACGGGCGAGAGGCCCUUCGUCUGCAACUGGCUCUUCUGUGGCAAGAGGUUCACCCGUUCGGAUGAGCUGGAGCGUCACGUGCGCACUCACACCCGGGAGAAAAAGUUCACCUGCCUGCUCUGCUCCAAGCGCUUUACCCGGAGCGACCACCUGAGCAAACACCAACGCACCCAUGGCGAGCCAGGCCCAGGGCCUCCAUCCAGUGGCCCCAAGGAGCUGGGGGAGGGCCGCAACGCAGGGGAAGAGGAGGCCAAUCAGACACCCCGACCUUCAGCCUCUCCGGCACCCCCAGAAAAAGCCCCUGAAGGCAGCCCGGAGCAGAGCAACCUGCUGGAGAUCUGAGCUAGGUGGAGGGUCUCCAGCCCCAGGGCUGAUUGCCAGCCUCUCCUGGCUCAGUGGACCACUGCUUCCCCCUCACUGUUUUGCCCCAUGCAUGCUGCCCUUUGGGGUGCUCUCCAUCUCCCCUGGCCAUUCUGAGCCUGGGUAUCUCCCUGCAUGCCCCCUCAGCUCCCCUCUUCCCUUGCCAUGAGCCCCUUCCAUAAACUCUCAUCUUAGGCCCUCACCUUGUGCCUGAUUUCUGUACUCUGGCUUCCUAAACUCUUCUCUGGCCCGUGUCCACAGCUUCUCUCUCCUUGGCUCUUACCACACCACUCUCUUUCCUUCCAUCUGGGCUCCCAACACUUUAUUUCUCUAUCUCAUUAACUCCUUGACAUCCAUCCUUUCUACUUCCCAACCUUAUUUACCACUAUCUCUAAGCUUCCAGGUUCCAGUCUUCCCAAGUUCUUAUUCCACUGUGCUGUCUGUGCUCCAGAGCAUUCUUCCUAUUUACAAACACAAUGAUGAUAAUGAU